GCCGCGUAAAGACGUGUCGAAUUGUAACGAGUUCCACUAACAGUUCUUCCAGAUAAUUGUGAUUUUAACAUUGAAUUUGGAGUUAUUUAGAGUGUUAACAGCUUAAGAAGGCGGUAAAGUAGUUGUACGCGCUGAAAUUUGUCGGGGAAAGUGACUAGGAGAGGCUUGAAACGAGCCGAGUGUUAUGCCUCAAGUGUCGUAAAUCAGCGAUCUAAGCCAAUGCAAGCCAGUAGCCGUCAUUGCACACGUCAUACACUAUGACUGGAUCGAUACAACAUCGAAACGACCUCAGAAUAUGAUAAAGCUGAGAAUAAUGCGGUGAUGGCGGAUGGCGCGGGCGCGGAAGCGGGCGCGGGCGAGAGUGCAGCGCGCGGUGCGGCGCUCGAGCGUGCCUACGUGCACGACGUGUACGACCAGGCGGGCGAAGAUGAGCCUAGCGAGCCCGCGCCCGCCGUCACUACAUUCCUCAAGGAACUUGAGCCGGGUGCCCUCGUCUGCGAUGUCGGUUGUGGAAAUGGAAAAUACCUGAGUGUGAACCCCUCUGUCUUCGCAGUGGGUGGAGACAGAUGUACCAGACUAUCGACGCAAGCGCACCAAACUAACAAUGAGGUUGUUGUAUGCGACAACCUCAGUCUACCGUUCCGCGAUGAGUCAUUCGACGCGGUGCUCUCUAUUGCCGUGGUCCACCAUUUUGCAACAGUGGAAAGGAGAGCCAUGGCACUACGAGAGCUCGCCAGAAUCACCAGGAUCGGUGGUAGACUGCUCCUCACUGUGUGGGCUAUGGAGCAUGAGGGACGGAACUUCCAUUCACAGGAUGUUCUGAUACCUUGGCAUAGACCCGUGACGUUAUGUCCUCCACCACCAGCCCCACGGUUCCUUUCCGUAGAGCAUGAUCAAAGCGCCGAGCCGUGGAAAAGCCACGAUGGCUCGCCUGGAUCAUCAUCUUUGUCAUCUCCAAAUGAAACUUGCUAUUCCUUCGUGAGAAGAGCAUUACAAAGGAUAGCUGGUCGACGAUCCUUUCUCCCUUCUUGGAAUCUUGGAUCCAGGGUAAACUUAAGAGCUUGUCCUCGUGGCCAACUGGAACCACCGGCGGCUGAUCUACCCAUUGAAUUACGAAGAUUGGAUGAAGUUCUACCUCCAAGAUUGAUAGCACAAUCUUCAGAGACAUCUACACUAAAGUCUAGAAGCCUCACCGAUAUCGCAGAUGUAGAACGACAUGCCAUGGUUAGAUCGAGGUCGAGUCUCCCAAGUCUCGGUGGAGAGGGGCACGAACCACCAACAAUACAACCACCUCCGACUGACGUACCAGAACAACGAAAAAAGCCGAAGUUAGUCAAACAAAAAAAAUCAAUCAAUGAAGAUGAUGCAGAAGAGGAUUUAGAUAAACCGACGGAUAUGAAAAGCCUUGUCGAAGAGAUGCCUAAUUUCAAAGUUCAUACGUACAGAGCGCAAUCGAGAAAGCCAGGCGUCUUCAAGCAAACGUCCCUAAACGAAGAACUUAUGUCAGUAGAAAGGUUACGAGAGAAAGAACGCUUAAGAAAAAAUAUACAAAAGCAAGCGUCACUCAAUGAAGAAUAUUUAUUUCGAAGGCCUGGAACAUUUGACUCAAUUCGUGAUUCAAUAUUUUCAACAUCAGCCACUACUGCAAAGAAGUUUCAGUCACUUAAAAAUGGUCUUACAAAUAAAUUCAAAACCUCUACAACGAAUAUAGAUAAAGUAACUGUUUUCGUCAGAAUGUUGCAAGGCUGGAAAAAUCAUGGACCUGCUCCUGAGGUUCCAACAACACCAAGUGAUACCAAUUCAAACAGUGAAAAAACUUGCCCCGAAAGGAGACAUUCUAGGGAAGAUGGUUCAGAUUCAUCAAAAGAUAGCAGCUUACAAAGUGAUACAAGUGUCGAUUCCGAAGACAGUUUUGCUUCAGUUAUAUAUGUACCAAAGGCUGAUGGAAGCAGUGAUCCUCUAUCACCAACCCCUUUAUCUCCUGGUCCAACCUCACCAAGAUUAAAAGUAUCUUCAGUACCUACUUCCCCUAGGAUGAAGAAUUCCCCUGGUUUACCUUCACCGAGAAUUAAACAGUCAUUUCCUUUAAUAAGACCUCCAUCUUCACCUAAUGCUGUACAAGCAGCUGCUAAUUUUAAUAAGAUACUAGUGGCUCAAUAUAGCCUGAAAAAUUAUUCUACCACCAAUAACACCCCUGUUAUUUCUAUAAAGCCCCAAUCAAAGAGCCAGCCCAAUUCACCACCAAAACCUGAGGAUGAAACCAAAACUAUAAGUACUGCAAUUGAAACUUUGCCCAUACUUAAUAAAACUAUACCAAUCUCGAUCCCAGAAAUAUAUGAAGAAAUCGAUCCAAUACCUCCUAUCAAAGAAGAAGAAGAAUUUAUUGAAACUCCUUCUGAAGUGACGAAGGAACUUAUCGCAGAAAUAAAUAAAGACAUUGAAGAAAUCCACAAGCUGACAUUAGAAACCAAUGAUCUCAAGCCUCGCAUACUUCAAGAUACAAAGCCAUAUCCCAAAAUAACUCUUCAAACUGUUGCUGAAUUACCAGAGAUACCGCAGUACAAACCUAAAGAUAAAUCACCUAUAUCUGAUGUAUUAGACUCAAGACACGCAGAUAAAAAGCGAAAAGAGAGAAUAAGGCAAAUAAAAGAAAUGUUAAAUAAAGGGAUUCCUUCUUUAAGUAUAAGUCGACGGCCACCGUUUCCAAUUGUACGAACGACAGGAAAAUCUGAACCUAUUGCCAAGAGUCAUCCAAAACUUAUGUCCUUAGAACUAUUUAAUCCUGCUGUUGAUGACAUGGACAGUGAUUCCAGUGGAGUUUCUUCUCCCGAUUCAGUUGACAGCGUAAUCAGUGUAAUACCCGAAGAAUUGCGCAAAAUGGCGAUGGAAAAAGAUUUGUCUACUUCCGAAUUAGAAGCAAAGAAAGCUGAGCCAGCUUCCGACAAAAUAACCGCCAACAAGAGUAGUUCACCAAACCUUUUAGAUGCUGUGGCUGAAGUGGCACAAUCAUUGGAUGAUACGUGUGAAACGAUUAUUCAUACAAGUCCUAGAUCUAAACGGAAACAUUUUGAAAAAGUAGAGAGUUCUGAUACAACGGCCAUUGUUCAAGGAGCUUCAAGUAGUAGCAGUAGUAGUAAUUGGAGUUUAAAUAAACUAUCGCCAGGAGAUUUGAGGCUAUUAGAAGAUAAAUCUCGAUCACAGUCACAUACAAGUUCAAGUGGAAGUUCUUCUAGCUUAGAACGACUGUCGCCGGGUAGACGGUCAAAAGACCGAUCCCCAAAGCUAGGAAGUACAAGUAAUUCAACGUGGAGUUUAAACAGGCUAUCGCCAAAUAGACCAGAAGGCCGUUCACUUGACGAGAAUUACACAAAGAGUCAUCGCAGUCCAACACGCUUACCUUACGAUUCAAUAUCAAUAUCCAGCACAGACUCAGAGAAGUCAAUUUCUAAAUCAGAAAGUUUCAACAGAAUUCAAGCUAACGAACCUUUAGUCACUUGUAAAUCUGACAUGAUAGCAAAAGAUGAAGAUUGGGUAGAUCAAGACAGGAGUCAACACUUAACUGAAUUUGCUGAAAAACUCAGUGAAAAACUUUUACAGGAAAUUGAUCAAUAUUCAAAACGCAUUAGCGAAGAAGACUUUGAUCUUCCGAGCAGUAGCAGCAGCGAAAAAAGUAUAUCCUUAAGACUGAAACGGGAAGAGGAAGACAGAAACACUCAAAAGAUAUUAGACGAGCUGUCGGAUAGUCUACAGCAUCUUGAAGAUCCCUGUCUAACCAAGAGUGAUAAGGGGAAUGAAAGCCUUAGUAUAGGAAAAAUAUGUGAAAAAACUAAAUAUGUUACUUGUUUACAAGAUACACAAGAAGUUGAUAUUAAUAAAUUAUUUCCUAAGUGUUCAACAAAAACUAAAAGCAAGAAGAGAUCCAAAGACGUAGACCCAAUCAUAAACAAAUACAGAGAACUCAAGAAAACUAUGAAAGUGACAAGCGAAGAGGACAUAUUUUUAAAUAAUUGUGCCAAUAUUCAAUACAACAUAAAACCCAUAACAGAUGAAAAGCUCCCGGAUACGAUAGAAUUCAAAAAUCCUGACGAUGACAGUGCAAUCUCCUCCAGCAAUGGUAAUCCAGAGAUAACAAUCGACUCUGGGGCUUAUGAUACAAGUCAAUCACUGGAAACUGGAUAUUCACUGGAGUCAGAAAUCAGCGUGGACUCCCUCUGUACUAGUACUGACAAACGGUCUUCGUUGAAAGUGGGUCAGUCAACUGACUCUAGCGACUUAGACAAAAUGGAAAUAAGUCCUGAAUCCAUAACUUCUCGUUCAAGCACAAGCACUGCGCCCUUAAAAUCUGGCUUCUCCAUCGAAUCAAGUGAUACUUCCGCCGGAUGUGACUGGAGUCGUAGAGACAAGACCGGAAGUACUGCGUCAUUGGGCUGUGCUAGUUUGGCUUCCUUGCCUUCCUGUAGUGAAUGCUCUAAGGAGAGAAAGUUUUUGGAAAUGCGGUCGUCGUCAGAAGAUACCGCAACAAUGCCAGUGGUACCACCGCGAUUGUCGCACGCCCCGCUCCUGCCCUCACUGAGCGACGGCUCUGACAGUCUUCCUUCAGAAGGGGGAGCAGUAACCUAUCAUCGAUAUUAUCAUGUCUUUAAAAAAGGAGAGCUUGAUCAAUUAAUUGAAAAGUACGUAGAAAGUCUUCACGUAGUAUCCUCAUACUACGAUCAGGCGAGCUGGUGUGUUAUUGCUGAAAAAGUGCAAGUGUGGACUAUUUAAGUGUAAUCGUUGUACAAAAUGUUAAUGGAUAUUAUAUCCGAUAGUGUUUAACUAAGUUCUCUCAAACUGUACAGUGAAGAAUACAUCCAAGUGACCUUACGGACUCUAAUGAGCGUAUAAUUGGAUAAUCGGAGUUAUGACAUGUAAACUUACAAAUGCCAAAAGCGAGGCUUUUGAUUUAAAUAUAUAAUAGACAUUAAUCUAUAUAAAUAACUGUUAUUACUAAUGUAAUCGUAUUUACUCGCCCUCUCCAGAGGCUACCGAACUCUUAAGGGCCUUUAGGGCUCGCAUAAAAUGAAAACUAAGAGCUUUAAAUAGUGAAAAAAAUAAUUAUAAUAUAUUAUAUAUUUCAGAGGCUCAAAUAAUAUAAGCUGCUUAUAGCUUAUCUAUCGUUCUAUCGAUCAAGUUUACCUGCAGUGUAGUCGUUUAUACCGUUCUUCAAGACGUUAUUGUUCGAUUGUGCUAAAUUAUUCUAUGACAAUAACACAAUUUAUUUAAAUAUAACAUAUCCAUACGAAUUACUAUCGAAACGUAGUUUUUUCAGUUUUGAACAAUGGUAUAAACAUUUGAAUUUAAAUCGUAUUUUCAGUAUUAUAAUCAGAGCUGGCCUCGCUGUUAAAUUUGUACAAAGUUCUGCAUAAUGACUUACUUCCAAACCUAAUCAAUUUAUAAUUGUUACUUGUACGAUAAUCACGUCAUAAGUCGUAAAGUCAACAUCAUAUGUUUCCAUAACCGUUUUUGUUUUCACACUACAUAAUAUAAUUAUCAACAUACUAGAUAAAAACUACGUUCGUCACUAGAUAUAUAACGAUGAAUAAGAAAAGCACUAAUAACGAAAUAUUUUCGACUACUUUUGCAAAUACUUGAAAGUACAAAUACUCAUAAGUGUACUUGGCGUUCGAUUUGUGUAACCAUUCAUUUUGAUACACAUUUUUACGUAGAUUCAUUUCAAGAGAGAUAAGUACGAAUUGUAUAUUAUUUUAAUAGAUUAUUUGUAUGCGAAUCUACUAGACAAAAUGUUCAUUGCUGAAGAUCGAAAGAUCUUCUCCGAAGUUGUUUAAUAAUAAAAAAAAUAAAGACAAUC